CUAUUUAUUUACCGCCCAAUGAAGAUUCCACAGACUUGGCAUGGAAGUCAUAAACAUUCAGAGCUGAAAACCAAAAACAAUUAAAAAGCAAAAUAAUUUAUAAUUAAUGAUACAAAACCUAUCAAAUUUAAAGAUUCCACAAAAAAAACUCAGUGUUGUCUCUCUCUAUCUCUAUCUCUAUCUCCUUCACCCCGCUCUCUCUCUAUCUUAAUAUCUGUUUUGCGUGCUCGCUCAGAUCUGAACAGAGACAUAAACUGAAGAUGACUGACCGAGUCUUCCCUGCUUCAAAGCCACCAACCGCCACUAACGGAGUUCCACCCGGUGCUAACUCAGCACCUCCUCCUCCUGCUCCAACUACCGUUAACGGUAACGGAACAUCCAACGGCAUGUCUAACCAGAAACCUCAAGUCUACAUUCCAGCUAACCGUCCGGUUUACCGCCCACAGCCUUACAGCCGCCAUCACCACCACCAAUCUCGUCCAAGCUGCCGGCGAGUUUGCUGCUGCUGCUGUUUCUGGUCCAUCUUAAUCUUCCUUCUCCUCGCUCUCAUGGCCGCAAUAGCCGCCACCGCCGUGUACGUGAUCUACCACCCUCGUCCUCCGUCGUUCUCCGUCCCGUCGCUUCGAAUCAGCCGCGUGAACCUCACCACCGCCUCGGAUACUUCCGUCUCCCACCUCUCUUCCUUCUUCAACUUCACCUUACUCUCCGAGAAUCCUAACCAGCACCUAACCUUCUCCUACCAUCCCCUCGCCGUCACCGUCAAGUCAGCGAAAUCAGGUGAGACGCUUGCGAACGGAACGGUCCCGGCCUUCUUUAGUGAUAACAAGAACAAGACGACGUUUCGCGGCGUGAUCGCGACGUCUACGUCGGCGCGUGAGCUGGAUCCGGAAGAAGCUCGGCAUCUGAAGACAGAUCUGACGAGGCCGCGCGUGGGGUUGGAGAUAGAGAUGCGGACGAAGGUGAAAAUGCAGAUGGGGAAGGUGAAGAGCGAAGGAGUGGAGAUCAAAGUGACGUGUCGAGGAUACGAAGGGACGGUGCCUAAAGGUAAAACUCCGACCGUGGCGACAUCGAAACAAAGUAAGUGUAAGUCUGAUCUUAGGGCAACAUUAUCAAUAGGUCCCCAAAUGAAAGUCCAAUCCAUGGCAGAGAAGCUGGAGCCGGCGAAGGUUUUGUACUGCGGAGUUUGCUCUCUUCCAGCUGAAUACUGCGAGUUCGGUCCCGAUUUCGGAAGAUGCAAGCCAUGGCUCGUCGAAAACGCACCCGAUCUCUAUCCUGAUCUCCUCAAAGAGGCUAAUGAGAAGGCAGCAGAUAAUGUCUCCGACAAACUCCAGUCCGUUGGAAUCUCUUCCGGUGGCGCUGAUGGUGCUCCCUCUUCAUCUCAGUCUGGAGGGACAUCAAAGAAGGAGGAAGCGAAGCGCCUUCCGGGAGGGAAACUAAAAAAGAAAGAUAGACAAGAAGUUAUUAUUGAAAAGGUUGUGCGCAACAAGCGCAAGUCUAUCACCAUCGUGAAAGGACUAGAACUGUUUGGCAUAAAACUCAGUGACGCGUCUAAAAAGCUUGGGAAGAAGUUUGCCACUGGAGCAUCAGUUGUCAAGGGACCAACUGAAAAGGAGCAGAUUGAUGUUCAAGGGGAUAUAAUCUAUGACAUCGUUGAGUUCAUUACAGACACUUGGCCCGACGUACCUGAGAGAUCCAUUUUCUUCAUUGAAGAUGGGAAGAAGGUUCAAGCUGGUUGAUGACCACCUCUGCCCUGAGUUUUUUUUUUUUGGCAUGGCAGGUUCAUGUGUUUGGUGGAAACGCUACGAGAUAAUAACUUGCAACGUAACGUAUAGUUGAAUUAUCAUAUACUAUUUUCUUUCUUCGGUUGUGAUAAUCCCUGUCAGGUUUCUCCAAGCAUCUCUGUUUAUGACAUUUAAAAUGUGCUUUGAAAUGAGGACUGAUUUCUUUA